AUGGAUAGCUCUCGUGGACGUUAUUUUAAACCCACUCGACAGUGCCGGCUUUGUCGCUUUGCGCUGAUCUUUUGCAUUGCUGGAGCUCUGCGAUCAGCGGAUGCAGCCACAGGCUUCUGCAUUUCGGCUCCAGGCUCCUGCUGGCCGUCGGCCGCACGUAUUCGCGCUUGGAUUUCGACGCUAAGCAAUAGCACAACGGUUUACACGCCUGACGCAGAACCGAACAUUUUCCUUAGCGAAGCAACAGCGAUGAACUUCCUGAAAAGCGACUUCCCCGGGCUCAUCGUGGUUCCGGGGUCGGAGGCGGACUUGCGUUCCGCCUUGUACUUUGCGUCCAAGACCCGCAUUCGCGUUGUUGUGCGGUGCUCUGGCCAUGACUUUAACGGCAGGAGCUCCGGUCGCGGCGUGAUGCUCAUUAAGACAGAACGCCUCAAUUGGACGUCCUACGAUGCCUCAUCACAGACGAUUUCCUUUGGCGCCGGUGCCAACCAUGAAAUCGUUUACACGGCCUUGGUACCGCACAACCGCAUGUACGUUGGCGGCCAGUCGAAAACGGUCUGCCCGGCCGGCUGCCUCGCCGGCGGAUGCCAUGGCCUGCUCUCCCGACAGUACGGUCUUGGCAUCGACAGCAUUUUGGAAAUUCGCUUCGCCCUCUUCAACGGCACCAUCAUCACGCUCAACCGCACCCGUUAUGCCGACCUCUUUAACGCUUAUCUCGGCGCCGGCCAGAACAGCUUUGGCAUUGCCGUUUCCUUCAAGGCCCAGACCUACCCCGCGCCCCCAGUAAUUAUCAUGCUUGAUGCGGAGUUUGUCAUAAACAGCCCUUUCGUCACCUCUGGCAAUUUGCUGACCAACUUCUUCCUCAAUACUACAUGGUUUAACGAGAUGCCGCGCCAACUCUCUGGUACUAUCAACCUGGACUCUGGACGCGCCCGCGUCAAGUUCGUUUAUACUGGUACUGACUAUGACGACCUGAGCGCGAAGCUGGCGCCGCUGCUGGCCUCACCAUUCCGAAGUGCCGUGGCGGAGCCUCAGUUCUUCAGCAAUCUUGCUGAGAUGGCUUUGAAUAUGUACCCAGCAGAGACUGAAAUUUGGGGUCGCAAGUACAUCACCAGUGGCUUCCUUCCGCCUGAUCAGGACACUCUAGAUAGCGUCGCGUCGGUUAUUGCAACGACCAAUCCGUACAUGUGGCUGUGGUUCGUGUUUGGAGGGGCUGUCCCAGAAAAGGCGGGAAUUGGCUCGGUGCCGGACGGCAUGCGGUACGCGAUGUACGAGGUUUUGUUUGGCACACAUUGGUUCAAUCCAAAUGACGAUCGGUUACGAGUGGAGAGCUUGGAGCCGUAUUUGCCCUUGCUGUACGGCAUCUCUCCGACGUCGUACAGCAACGAGUUUACGUCAUGGGGUUCGUACAAUGACAUUCAGGACUGGAAGACCCGGUUCUUCUCGAAUUACAGCAAUUUAUUGGCAGUGAAGAAGAAGUACGACCCGUGCAAUCUGAUUACGGCCACUUAUGCGGUUGGAUCGGACGAGCCUGUCGCGAUCUGCUCGUGCGCACCCAAGUCCGCUUGAGGCUAGGAGGUUAUUGUAUUGAUCAGCAUUUUCAUCAGAACAAGCUGGAGCUUGGUCAUAUCUCCUUAAUUUCAUUUCUCUUUAUUGCGAAGCUAAAAUUGGGAGUUUGUCAACCUAUUAUGUUUAGUUCACAUUUCCUGUGCAGUUUACAUGAAUUCACACCGUGUGGUGUGUUGUGAUGUGCAUAUUGGGGGUUUCACCCCUGGCGGAUUGGCACACAUCACUAAUAGCGAUAAGGAUGUUGGGGGGGAGGUAGAUGGCGGGCGGGUGUGUGUGGGGGAAGAGAACGAUAUCGACGCGCGUGCACUGAACCAUCACCGGGAAAGCUAGGCACGGCCAGGCUAUAGAGGUGCGGCACACACACAUACAUACACGCGGGUGAAGCUCUUCACCCCCUUCUACUUCACACAAUCAUAUAUACCUGUGGGUUGUGGUCCUGCAUGCCGAUGGGGGCUGUUGAGGGUGUGCACAGCCCUUAGGUUAUCAGCGUGUUUCAAGUGGGCCCUGUGUGUAUUGGUGCCGUCAUAAUCUGAGACGAUGUGCCUGGCUUGGGCUUUCGGCGCCACAUCCAAAAGCCAGAACAUUAGAACAUCAGAGGCCCGACGGCUCUGAGUCGCUCUGCUGCCUCGAUGAUGAUGAUGAUGGCCAUCGCGCAUCUGU